UGGGAGGUGUGCACGAGCGCAGCGCGUGGUGGAACUGGAGUCACUAUCUUUUCUAUUAAAAGAUCAGUGGGCAGCGCACCUUUCUCUUUUUAAUAGACAGUCACUACACAUCACUGAACACGAACAACCGACAAUUAUUCUUACUGUGAUCCGUCGUGAAGAAUUAACAUUGUUGAUACAAGUGGGCGCAGCAAACCAGGCUUGUGAUGUGACAAGCGCGCACUGUGAGCAUUUCGCAGGACAUCUCUCUAGGUCGCAUCUGACAACCUUGACAAACCGUUAUUUUGGAGAAUAAAAACUAUCGAAUUUUAAAUCCUAUUGUGAAGUUAAUCGUGGAGACUGGAGUUCGCUUCUCGAUGUGUCAGUGAUAAUUGAGCAAUAGACGAGAAGUGGUGUGGUUUGUGUCCAUGCUGCAGCGAUAACCAGGUGCCUCGGGUCUACAAUGAUAAGACAAUAAAUGGCAGAGAUAGGAGAAAAUGUGGCAAGAGGAAGAGAAGGAGGAGAUGAUGGAGUGGGAGGUUUAAGGCCACCUCAUGACCCCCAGAGCCCGGCCCACUUUCCCUCUUCUGCUCCCCCAGUUAGGGCCCACCAUGGUGGGCUCAGGAGGGGCAUCGUGAUCCAGCUAACAGGCACAGAGGGUGAGUGGGACAGUCUGGAUGACAACGAGCUCAUCUUCCCCCUUGAACACAACGACUAUGACGACCAGACUCCCUACAUCUCCCUCUCCAAGGAGAGACAGAACUCCACGGAAGAGGAGAACCAACACUGCUUGCACUCCCCAGCCUUCCACGUACCCCUCUCCCCCUCCUCACCUGGGUCCCUGGGGGACUGCUCCAACUCAGCCCCCAGCUUCCUCUCCCCCAGCCUAGCCACCCCCACCCACCGGCCACUGGCUAGCCUGGUCAAGUCCCUGUCCACGGAGCUGGAGCUCCCUCAUGGCUCAUCUCUCAGACCCAGGCCCUUCCUCAGCCUAGUCAAGUCCAUCUCUACUGAGAUCUCCCGCUCAGAGCCAGAGGUGUCGCAGUCCAAGUCUGACUCCCGCCUCAACCUGCACCUGCAGUGGAAGAACCUGACUCAGCCUAAGGGAAGGAGUGACGGAGACUCCCGUACCGCGCCACCCUCGCCCAUCGCUCUAUCCCCGUCCGAGGGCACCAAGGCGGGCUUCUUCAAGAUGGAGCUGGAGGACACGAAGCGGAAGUUCUCUGAGGCUAUGCAGGAGCCUAUGUUCAGUAAACCUAUCAGUAUUUUCAGUAAGAUCAUGGGGGAUGAGAAGGAUAAUGCAGCAGCAGGCAGCCCCAAGCACCAGAGAGCUACAGGCUCCCCCAGCUCCAGAGGUGUCUAUGUGGGGAAGAUGGACAGCACGGAGGUGGGCGUCACAGAGUCUCCGCUGCGGAGCGCCAAGAGAGCGGACGGUGACUCUCCGCCGGUGUUUGACUGGCCGUGUGCCAGACAUCCCAGGAAGGGUCUGCCCACUAGAACAUGUUCUGUCCACGAUCACCACGGUAACAAACUCAACGACAAUUCAGAGGAACUGGAGAUCUGCACCUAUGAUGAAGUCAUGCAGGUCGUGGCCAUUGAGAGUCAUCAUCACAGGCGCCCGCGGAGAUUGCCUGGUUCGCUGAUCUCCUCAGGAUCCCAUCGUGUGGUUGUUCAACCCACCUCUCCACCUCCUCCACCACACAUGGUGUUGUUCUGUGUGGCUGUGUUGUCCUACGCCUACUUCAUCCUUCCCCUGGGCCCCUAUAUGUCAGGCCUGGCUCUGGGCACGGCCUUUGGCUUCCUGCUGGGGCUGCUGCUCAUCAGGCUGGGCUCAACCAGACACACAGCUCAGCCACAUCCACACAGAGACGUUCAGGGCUGGCUGAACGAGAUGUUUGAAUACGACCCAGAGACCUACCACCUGUCCCUGACCCACUCUGUGUUCGCCACCCUGGAGGGGCACUGCCUUCGCCUGGACUACCCCAGGAACAACAUCAGCCGCAGAGCCACCUACGAUGAAAAGCCUCCCGAGGCUGUGGUUGUCAGCUCACGCUGCUUCCAGCUACGACACAGCAAGGUGUUCCUGCUGCCCUCUGAGCUAGCCCGUAAGAGGCUGUGGAACCUGAAGUACCCUAUCUGCAUUGAGCUGGCAGAGGGAGAGGGGGUCAUGGAGGAGGAGAGGGGCACAGUGGAGACCCCAAGAGAGGAGCAGGGGGGAGACCCCCAACUCCAAACACGACCCACCUCCAACCCCAAACCAGCAGCCAACCUCCCUACAACCAUAUACCUCUUCGGACGGACAGGAAGAGAGAAGGAGGAGUGGUUUCAUCACUUCCUGUCCGCGUCCACGGUAAUGGAGAAGGAGAAGGAGAAUGAGAGGCCUGGCAGAUGUGUGUCCAGAUCAGAUGUGCCGGUAGUGCGAGGGGUGAGCCCCUCAAGACGGUCCCAGGACAGCAGAGGUUCCAGCAGGAUUGGGAGCACUGAAGAGGAUCUCCCCGUUCCCCCUUCUGCCCCUUCCAUCCAAACAUCCAGGGUGGGCUCUCCGCUGCUGGACUACCCCACCUACAUGGCUCGUUUCCUGCCCUCAGAGCAGCCCAGCCCCCUGCCCAGUCCACCCCUCAACAGCACAGAGACAAGCCCCACCAACAAAGUGAGGUGCACCUGUGAUUUCCCAGAGUUCCCGGGGGAGGGCCACACUGACUGGGUCAAUGCACUGAUUGGUCGAAUAUUCUGGGACUUCCUGCGCGAGAAAUACUGGGUGGACAUUGUCUCCAGAAAAAUCCAGAAAAAGUUGAGCAAAAUCAGACUGCCUUACUUCAUGAAUGAGCUGACUCUGACUGAACUGGACAUGGGCUCCUGUCUGCCCCAAAUCACCAGUGUGUCCAGACCUGUUGUCAACAGCAGAGGCUUGUGGCUGGAGCUGGAGGUGGUAUACACUGGGGCCCUGCAGAUGACCCUGGAGACCAAGAUCAACCUGUCCAAACUGGGCAAGGAGGGCAAGGAGGGCAAGGAGGGCAAGGAGGGAAGCCUGGACACUGACAGCCUCACUGAUACUGGCAGCCUAGGACCCAUCCUCAGUGUUUUGGCUGACAGCGAUGAAGAGUCCUCCAGCGCCGGCUCUUCAGAUGAGGAGGAAGUACUGCUCUCAGAGCACCAAAGCAUUGUGGGAGAAAAGGGGACUCUACCUGGUGCUGAAGGGAUUGCUGCUGGUGGCGGGAGGACAGGCAGGCGGAUUUUGAGAUUUGUAGACAAAAUUGCUAAGUCUAAGUACUUCCAGAAGGCGACAGAGAAUGAGUACAUCAAAAAGAAGAUUGAGGAGAUGUCCAACACACCCCUGCUGCUGGCAGUGGAGGUUCAGGAGCUUUCUGGAACACUGGCUGUCAACAUCCCUCCUCCCCCUACUGAUAGAAUAUGGUACAGUUUCUGUGUUCCUCCCAAGCUGGACCUGCAUGUCAGACCCAAGCUGGGGGAGAGGGAGGUCACUUUCUGUCACGUGACCGAGUGGAUCGAGAAGAAGCUGCAGGAUGAGUUUGAGAAAGUAUUUGUUCUGCCCAACAUGGACGAUAUGUACCUGCCUCUGAUGCAUUCUGGGAUGGACAGUCCUCCAGCUGGGCUGCUGGAGGAGUGUCCAGCCCAGUUGUCACACUCACAACACUCCUCCAUGGAGUCCAUCGAGAGGAUCUCUCAGGACAAUACUGCUGCAGACUUGGACUAGUGCCUCUCUGUGGCCCAAUGACACUAAGACACCCCUGAAAUUCUCAAAGCACAUCAAGUACACUGAACAGAAAUAUAAACGCAACAUGUAAAGUGUUGGUCCCAUGUUUCAUGAGCUGAACAAAGGAGAAUUUAUAUCUGUAAUAAAGUUUUUGUGGGAAAAAACUCAUUCUGAUUGGCUGGGCCUGGCUGCCCACCAAGUGAAAUCCGUAGAUUAGGAACAAAUGUAUUCAUUUAAAUUGUCUGAUUUCCUUAUGUGAACUGUAACUCAGCAACAUUUUUGAAAUUGUUGCAUGUUGCUUUUUUUUUUGUUCAGUAUAGAUGUGCCACCAAAUGUAGUGAGAUACUGUAUACUACAGAACUUCAACCGACUUUAAGUGAUACCUUCGGUCAAUGUUUACAUGUGAGGAACAGUAAAGAGAUGUGUGUUUGCGUGUUGAUUUGAUUUUUUACAGUUCAAUGUCCUUUUGAUCAGACAGUCCAUAUUUAAUACGUGAAAGAUGAAAACGAUCAUUAAAUAAAACCAAGACAUAUAGAAA